AUGCUGAAGUCUCCCUCGAACUUCACCAUGUUGAUGCACUUGUGGAACACUUGCGAACGGAAAGGGGCGCGCUGCGCGUGUGCGCUGACACUGCGAGCGGCGAGCGGACUGGCGGGCGCGGAGGCGGGCGCUCGUAUUUAUAGCGCGCGCCGGGGGCUCCGCCUCGGCAGCUUUCGCGCUCAGGGGGCUCCAAUGGCGGCGCGAGCUUUCUAUACA